AUGAGCGGGCUGCUUGAUCUGGCUGUGCCUGGGGCGGGGUCAGCAGUCGACGUGCUGCUCAAGAUCGUGCAGCUGGGCAACGAGAUGAGGGAGGUCCAGCAGUCGUGUAAGAGGCUUCACGGCAGAUUGGACGUUGUGUUUAAUGAGCUGAAGAUGAUGGAGGAAAAGGGACAGCAGCCCCAAAGUUCCGCGGUGGACAAGUAUGUGGACGUCCUGGCCAAGAGCUUGCAGUGCUUGGAGCACUAUCGCGCCAAAAAGCUGGUGUUCCGCCUGCUUGGGUACCGGCAGAUGAUGGGGGAAAUAUACCAGAUCAACGAAGACGUCGAAAUGUUCUUCCGUGUAUUUAAUCUCGCCAGUACUGCUGCCGUUAUGGACUGGAAGCAACAAUAUGAAGCGGACCAACGAGCUCAGAGGGAGUUCAUAGCUUCUAUGGUGCGAGACUAA